AUGAAUCUCUACAUAUUAUUAGCCAUUCUUCCUCUUGUAUCAACGCAAUCGUUCUCAAAAUCACAUCUCGGCUUUCCUGAAGCUUGGGAUGGUGACAAAUACAAAGAAUUGUAUUGUCCCAGUAAGAAUAUUCCAAAGUUUUUAGAUGGAUACUUCCUUUGUCAAUUGUCAGCUUCUUAUGGUGAUAUCAAUGCUGAGCCAGGACAUAGGUUGAAUCAUAUGAUUGACGCUAUUGGUGCUGUUGGAUCUUUCCAUAUCAGCAAAGGAGAAGUCAUAUUCUCUUCUCAAUACUAUCCUUCGUUACCUUAUAAAAUCUGGGAAUUUUAUGAUCGUAACAUGUCUUUGGCUUCAGUCCCAUGGGCUGGCUGGUCAGACUACAACUUAACCGCCAUGACACGUUGGGAGCAGGUGCCAGGCAAUCCUAACUCCGCACGCUUCCACCCCAAUCUUGAUUUCUGGAAAGUAGGAAAGAGAAUUGUAGCCGGAACUGAAGCUCCUCAUUGGGUUGGAUAUGAAUUUGAUGUCAAAUCACUAAGCAACUUCCACUUGUUUAACUUCACUGAAGAUAACAAUGUAUUCGGAAACAAAAAAUCUCCAAUGAUUCCUAUUUCCAUGGCUAUUCAUGAGCGCAACGAUCCUGAUGGAACUAUUUGGGGUUCAUUUUCAGCAAUGAACUUUGAGGAACAGCGCUUCUACCAGGGAAUAUUCACAUUAGACGUAAAUGGAGUACGAAAGGUUGUUGGUAUGUACGAUUAUGGAGUAUGGGACUCAAAUUCAUGUGGAAGCAAUGAUGAAUACAUUGGUGACAAGACAUUACUACCUGGAUACAUUCAUUCAAUUACAUCAACAGAGAAUUAUGUUAUCAUUCCAAUUACAUCAUUACUCAUCAAUCCUUGUAAAUUCAAGGAACCACCAAUGACAAACAUCAGAUCUGCUAUUCAGAAAGGAGGUCUUUGGGGAAUGGAUUUCCAUGAUAUGGUCCCAAUUAGAUUCCUUAUCUUCAACAAGAAAACCAAACAGUUUUCUACUCAAAAGCCACUUGAAGUCUUCCCAUCCAUGUUUGUUACUCAUCAAUUGAAUGCAUUCGAAAAGCCAGAUGGAAACAUCGUUGCUGAUAUGGUUGUCUAUGACUCUCCAGAUCCAUACAUGAAGUACUUCUACACAGACUUCUUAACCAAGAACUUGUAUCCAGCUACUGCUCGUAUUCUCCGUUUCACAUUAGAUGCUUCUCAACACCGUGUUAUGUACAACUAUCUGACUCCUCAAGAAACAGUUGCUGGAGAUUUCCCACAAAUUAACAAACAAUAUGAACAGAAACCAUAUCAAUGGGUUUAUAUGGUCGAACAUCCAUUUGCCUCAGACAACAAGAUCAUGAAGAUCAAUAUUGAUGAUACUACUGGUGCUCGUAACAAGGAAUUCAAAACUGAUGCUUCAUUCAUUCUUCAUGAACCUUGGUUUGUGCCAAAUCCAUCAAGCCGUAGUGAAGAUGAUGGUGUUUUACUCAUCCGUGCUUUGGAUACGAAUGAAAACAAGGGAGUUUUGUUAGUUGUAUCAGCUGACACUAUGCAAGAGAUUGGAAGAGCUUACGUUCCCAUCAGUAUUCCAUUCGGAUUCCAUAACAGAUAUUUCUCAAAGAGUGAUUUGGGACUUGCUCCAGGUGUCCAAGGCAACUUGUUUAGCAGUCAACCCCGUAAUGCUGAAAUGAAGAAGUUCCAAAGACCAUACGCUUCAACACCAAAGUUCGCAAACACUCAAACAACAACUUUGGGCAGAUACAACAUUAUCACAACAAGAAGCACACCAGCAAGCUCGACUACAACAGUGCAAAAUGUGCCUAUCACAACAACAACAACAUCUACCCCAUCGACCACGACAACAACUGAAGCGAAAAUCGAAACAGUAACAACCCAGAAGCCACUGCCCACCACCACAACUCCAACAACUACAAGAAAGCCAAUAGCUGUUCCUACUCAGCAAAAUCCUAAAGUUCCACGAUGGUGGCCACUCAUGUCUUCCACAACUUCUCAACCAUGGUGGAUGAAAGCUCAAAUGACCCAAACUUCUACUUUACCAUCACUGUUCAAACAGACUAAUCAGAACCCACUUCAAAACAAACAAGGUAACUCUAUUGAAGGAGUCAAUACAAUCGACAAUGUAGAAUCAACUUCAUUAGAAUUAAUUUAUGAUCAAACAUUGAGCACAUUGUGUUCAUGGUUACCAAAGGUUAUCACUAGUAUCUCAAAUGAUAUUUGUUUACAACAAGGAAAGAAAGCUGUUAAAUGGAUGGGUCCUAUUGCUUCAUCAUAUUCAUCCUCUCUUCAACCUACGCAACAAACUAAAGAGAAGAUCAACAACCUUCCAGGAAUUCCAGCAGUCAAACCAAAGAUGCAUCCUGUACAAAACUAA